AUGGAAGACCGUGCUGUUGACCCUCUGGCGGAUCUGCCUCAAUAUCUUCGGGACAUACUGACUCAGCUGCCAGAAGACCACACUGUUGCCCUCAGCGAGACCAGGGGCCCCUCAGUCCCGGAUGUCAAAAAGUUGUCAGAUCGAAGGAAAAGAUAUGCAUACCUGCUUCUAACCCGCCACCGCUUGACCCAGCUCCUAGCCGAAUGUCCAGGUCCAUGUCCGGACCUCAUUCUCCAGCGCGCUGAAGUCUACGAGGCUCUUGGGUACAGUGAACUGGCUCUGGCAGAUGCCUAUGUCUCGUACACCCUCUGUCUUGUGGCGUUGGAUGGCCCUGAUGUCUCAGAUCUUGAGCCGGUUGAUUCCGCAGGAAAUCCCUGGCCGGCUUCUGAUGGUGACCAGAGCGGGAAUGACUCAAACCCGGUGGCCCUGGAGCACAAGUACCGCUCCCUUGUUUUGAUGUGUCGCUCUGCCAUCAUCCUGGGCGUGCAAACACAAGCGAAACUGUGGAUUGACGAGGUCUUGGCGGUGAAGAGAUUUAUACGGCGUUUGAACGGGGAGGAGCCUCGAGAGCCCGUCCGGGACAUCGAGGAGGUAGUGGGAGACUUUUCCAAGUACUCCACUGUCUACGAGGAUGAGUCCAAGUUCCAUAAAUGUGUCAAGAUCCUCCGGCGCGAUGUCAAGCCCACCCUCUUCGGCUGGUGUCAGCGCCAAAUAUUCCCAUGGAAUGAGCAUGAGCCCGACAGAAUGUCCCGAGAGGCAUUGAUCGAUAUCAAUGAAAAGCUCCACGUGGCCGCCCCGGAUUUGGAAGUGGAAAUCUCGACACUGCCAACUCUUGCCCCGUCGCUGAAUGGGGGUAUGCAGAGGCUUUCUGUCGGUGAAGCAAAAACCUGUGGGUUUUCUACAGCUAACUGCUCUUCCCAACUGGGCUUAUUUGCCAAAAGGAAACUUGCACCUGGGGCGACCAUCUUGAGAGAGCGAUCGGUCCUAACCGCCAUCCGGCCACAUGGCGAGGCCCUCUGCGAUGCCUGUGCCGCUGAUAUAGAAGCUAUCGACCGAGAGGAUCGGAGAUAUUGUGCAGGGUGCAAUAUUCCUUUUUGCUCAGAAAAAUGUCAGACAGCUGCAAAAGAGCGCUAUCAUCGGCCGAACAAGGAAGACUACCAGACCGAUGAGGGCUAUCCUCCUGCUGAGGCGCCCUUCUGUCCUGGAACUAGUGGCAAUGACGAUCUCCACACACUUGGUCGGGCUGAAAGCUCAACUACCCCUGAAUGGGAUUUGUACUUUCUGCUCCUGUCCCGAACCAUGCAGCUGGCCGAAACCCAGACGCUGCACCCCUUGGAUCUCUUCGAAACAAAAUAUCUGUGGGGAGACUUCUCCCCGACGCCAGAAGUCAUGGACCUCCCGAUCAAGAGUGGUCCGAAAUCACUACCGUACAGCGUGCGCCACCAUGUCGAGCUACCUCUCCAAUGGUUCGAAGUUCUCAUGCAUUCGCGAGAGAGGUGCAGGCCAUACAGUGCAACUUGGUUGAAGAAAUACGACUGGUGGAUUAUUCAGACCCUUUUUGCCAAGUUUAGAGGAGUAGCUGACGCACAACAAUCGACCUGGACGGGCAAGCCUGAGGUCGCAGCCGUACAUCCUCUCUGGUGCUUGGCAAAUCACAGCUGCAAUCCGAACGUGACUUGGAAGCCUUCAGGAGUCAGAAAUCUGACCGUUGUUAGGGAGAGGGUAUGGGAGAGGCCCGAUAUUCCCUCACAGACCGCCUGGGAAGGUAUCCGUGCCGGCGAAGAGAUUUGGAACCACUACACCGAUGUGCAGGAAAAGGACUAUCGAGAGCGGCGAGGCCGUUUGCAGGCGGUCCUCGGUGGAGAUUGCCGAUGCGAGAGGUGCACCUAUGAAUCAAAGCAAAGUUGA